UAUAGUACUUCUUACAACCACAAGUACACCAACUCCUCCUGAUGAAAAUAGUACACCUGAAGGAAGAAUUGAUAAUAAUGAUGGUGGUGGAAGUCCUGGGGCUGCUGUUGGUGCCUCAGUUGCUGUCGUUAUCGUGGUCGUAGCCGUAGUUCUCGCUGUUAUGUAUUUCAGAAGAAGGUGAUGUGAAGUUUGCCUAUUAUUUCAAAAUAUGUCUAUAUUGUGCCAAAACAGUUUAGAACUAAUUAACAGACAAUUCCCAUUACAGACUAAUUUUAAAACUAUGUGCUGAGUGGUUAUAUUACUACCUUAAAAAAUAAGCAGAAACUCUACGUUUCGAGCGAAGUCAAAACUCUUGACGAAGGGCCUUCGCUCGAAACGUCGAGUUUCUGCUUAUUUUUUAAGGAAGUAAUAUAACCACUCAGCACAACAUUUUCACUUUGGUACUACCAACACUGGUUCAGACAGUUUUAGUAAUUUUAAAACUAGGCAAGGAGAUGCAAAUAAAUCACCACAGCUAGAAAGAGCAUACUAAAAUCAGUAAAAUUGCAAAGUUUGGUUGCGAAAUGUUGUAAAAUACGGAAAAUAUAGCAUUGCAAAGUUUGCAAAUUUUGUAUACUUUUGCCUAAUGUGGUAGCAAUUUCCGCACGCAAUACAAAAGUGUACAAAAUUUGAGAACUUCCCAAGGCUAUAUUUUCUGCAUUUUACAACAUUUCGCAAACAAACUUUACAGUUUUACUAAUUUUAUCACGCUCUUUCCGGGAAUGUACAAGAUAAAAAUAGUCUAUAAUGGGAAUUGUCUAUUAACGCAGUGUUUGUGCUUUCGUUCCUAUAUUUCUUAGGAGAACGCACAAACGGCAUGAAGACGAAGAAAUUGAUUCGAUGAAAGAGAUGAACGAAAUUGAAAACGAAUAUAUUGUAGACCCAAAUGUGGCCAAGCCGGAUGAUCCUACUGGCAAUGAAAAUGAUGAAGGCAUUUAUUCAAAUGAAGCUGGUAUAUAUGAUGUUUAAAUGUAUCUGAAUGGGAUUAACUGAAUACUAACAUUUAUCAGUAUUUUUUAUUGACAACUGAUGCAAUAAUUUGCUAACGUUAUCAACUUAACCAACAACUGGUGCAAUAAUGUAAUGCAUUGCAAUGAAUGUGAAUUAAUCCAAGAUGACAGACAGCUCAUUUAAUUGCUUUCAGUCAAAGUAUUUCAAGAAUUAAGUUUGACAUGAAAUAUCUGUUACAAGAUAUAAUCAUAAUCUUAAAGUUUUUUUUCCCCAAUUUUUCAAGCUUGCCCGGUGUGGAUAUACACUCAGAGUAACAUCACAAACAUCUUAAAGUUCUUUCAAAUUGGAUAACUAAUUUUUAUUGCCAUUGUCCUUUAAAAUGUCAUCGAAUGAUUUUUUAAAAUUAUAAUUUUUAAGACGACACAGAGAAGAAGGAAUAUCCACCUGUUCCUGUCGCUGAAUUUGCGCAUUAUGUGAACGAACUGAAAGCAAAUGAUAAUUGCGAAUUCCAGAAGCAAUAUGAUGUAAGUAGCUGACAGAAACAAACUAAAUGUAUGAGGACAUUAUAUAAAGCAUUAGUAUAAAGCUUGUGAUAUGAAGCCAUAUAGAGACGUUGCCCAUGCAGAGGCGUUGCAUAGCAGAUCUAGAAAAAGUUAUUAAUGUUCCUUGGAUCUUGAAUUUGCCUAUUUCAAAAGUUGGUUAAACAAUGGAAAAUUUGACCAUACAUUUCGCCUUUAUGUUUAUGGAUGCAUCAACAAAGUAUACUUGAUAUAAAAUUAUUCCUUGAAGGCCCGUUUACACUUGCCAUUUUUUGCUGAAUGUAAUUUACUUAAGCUAGAGUAAUUAGUGAACGUAACUUUAAGCUAGAUUAAUUAGUGAACGUAAGUAUGCUUGAUACAUUAUUCGUUGACUGCCGCAUGAACUGGAAAAUCUCGAUUUAUUUCAUUUAAAGCAUGCUGCUUUUCUGUUUAGCAUUUACCUAAAAACAUCAAAACGUCUUGGGAAGUUGCCAAGAAGCCGUUUAAUAAGAAGAAAAACAGAUAUGGAAAUAUCGUAACAUGUACGGUUUUUAAAGCGCUUUCACAUACCAUUUCACUACUGAGUACUGUUCAUUGCACUAUUGUUCACUAAGUAGUGUUUAUGAUGUAUCUUCAAUGAGAUUAUUAUUUUUACAGAUGAUCAUUGUCGUGUUGUUCUCUCAGGAGAUGAAAAUGAAGAUUACAUCAACGCUAGCUACAUAGACGUACGUUUUCUCAUAAUUCACUCAUACUUAUAGUUUGCUUACUUGACAGUCAAUUUUCCUCUACGCAUGCGAUUUUCCACGAAUCGAUCCGGCUCCUUUCCUUGAUGAAAAAAAGGCAAAGGAAGUUUUGACGUUUGUCAUUUUUUAACGUUCAAUAUUGUUAUCCAGGGAAGAGAAAGUUAUUAUGGAGAACAAAGAGUUGUUGUAUAACUGAAGUCUCAGUUAAAGCCCGAUAAAGUCAUUCCGGCAGGAACUGGCUGGAUUUAAUACUAUCUUAAGAUGUAAAUUUUAACAUAGACCUCUCUGUAUUUAGGGAAUCAAGGAAAAUUCAUACAUUGCUAGCCAAGGUAAGAGGUUUACCUGAAGACUGCACUCAAUUGUUUAAAAACAUGAACUAGGGAAUCUGAUUCUAUUUUUCGCUCAUACGUUAGGUCCGAAUGAACUCACUGUCAGUGAUAUGUGGAGAAUGGUUUGGGAACAACGGAGUUAUUCCAUUGUGAUGGUGACCUCACUCGUUGAAGUUGGAAAGGUCAGUAAGUCAUCAUCAUUACCAUCACCAUCAUUCCCAUCAUUGCCAUCUUUAUAAUCGUCAUCAUCUGCAUCAUCAUCAUCAUGAUUAUCAUCUUUAUCAUCUGAUCAUCUUCAUGAUCAUGAUCAUCUUUAUCAUCAUCUUCAUCAUCAUCAUCAUCUUCGUUAUAAUCUUCGUUAUCAUUAUUAUGUUAAAUUGCUAAUGUGAAAUAUAUUGAUAACGCUAAUGUAAAAUGUAAGAAUGCAAAUGCUAGUGUAAACUUAUUGUUUGUUCUAGCCAAAAUGUGAGAAAUAUUGGCCGGACAAAGGAAGUAAAAAGUACGGAGAUAUUGAAGUAACUUUGAUGAAGAUCGAAGAGUUUGCUUAUCAUGUCACACACAUCUUGCAACUUAAGAAGGUAACCAACUACAGUGAUCGAAGCUUGGUUACGAAACUAAUUUUUAUUUCAUCUCUGUCGGAUAUGAGACUUAAGAGUGCUUCCAUGCAAUUUCACUUCAGUAAACAUUACAGAUUUUAACCCAUAAGUAUUCUCUAGUUUCCUCCGACAGAACAGUAGAGCAAUUAGAAGUGGUCUUCAGUGGACCUCUAGCGAGAACUGUAUGGAAAAGAAUAAAGUUCGUUUAGCUUAGGUUUCCUCCUGCAGUGUCACUGGUUCAACAAGGAAUGCUCAAUGCUGGACAUCUAGCAAGAGCAGUUUCACGCUACAUAUUUAGUGCGAAUAAUUAUACUGGAAUAUAAGAGAAAUUAAGAGUGACAUGGAUACUGGAGCAUGUCUAUUAAGACUAUUAUAAAUAAAGUCAGUCAGUUCCGCCUUCUUGUGUACAUCUACAUAGCGAGAUAAACUAUUGCUUUCUAUAUAACAGUGUAGUUUAUUUAGUCCGAGUUUCUCUCUUUAAGCUUUCUUAGGCCAGCAAGCGAUGUCUCUGACUUGGACCUAGGUAGUAUACUGAUAGACUGAUCCUGUAUAAAUAAAUUCUUCAAACAAUUUAGGACGGAGAAGAACGUGAAGUGCGACAUCACUACUUUCGUUCUUGGCCUGAUCACGGUGUCCCUAAAUAUCCCACUCAACUCCUGGCUUUCAGAAGACAUUACAGAACACAUCACUUGAAACAGUCUGGACCAAUCGUUGUGCACUGCAGGUUAGAUUCCUGAGCUCGUUGAGAAGGUAUCACCAUUAGUUUGUAAAAUAGUACCACAAUAGUACCACAUGCAAUCGCACCACUGGUGCUGAAUAUUGAUGAAAAGGGGUAACCAAUAAUAACAUUAAUAAACCUGCAUCAUGACGAUAUACUCUAUAAGUUACCUAUUUAAAUUUGAAUGAACCGGUUGAAAAAAUGUCGCACCAAAGAAAAGUGCAUUCCUGAUCCAGCGUUCAACUGUAAAAUGAUUUUUUUACCUUCUAGUGCUGGUGUUGGCAGAACUGGCGUCUUCCUUGCUAUUGAUACGAUCCUUGAUAAACUUGAGAAAGGUGUCAUCAAUUCUAUUGAUGUUUUUGGACAAGUGUGUGCAAUGAGAGAGCGAAGAAUGAACAUGGUGCAAACUUUGGUAUGGAUGUUAAUUUUUCACUAUUGUCCUUAAGUCUAGAAGGCGAACUAUCAUGCAAACAUGAUAUUUUUGCAGAAACAUUGUUUCCCAGCAAUGGUUCCAAAGAAUGAAAAAUAACCCCAGGAAACAUUGUUUCCUUGCCAUGUUUUCCGAAGGUGGGCAAAGCAGGUAGCAUUGUUUCCUAGCGAUGGUUCAGGAAAAUGUAAAAACUGAGGAAACAAUAUUUCCUGGCCAUAUUUCGCAGAAGGUGGAUGAACCAUGACAUAAAAUAUCGCAUUAAGGAAGCAAAUACAUUUUUGAAUUUCUUCGAAAUAUUUUUGAUUCCCAAGAACGAUUGACUGUUUCCUGCUAAGCAAAUAUUAUUUUGGACAGUGGAUAAACAGGAAAACGUUAAAAUGUUUCCGUAAUUGUUUGUUUAGGGCUUUAUUCAAAUUUCUCUUUUUAACUUCAAGUUGUAUAUUUUAUUCUUAGAGGCAAUACAUAUUUGUCCACGAAGCCAUUUUGGAAACCAUCUUAUGUGGCAUGAAUGAAGUGGAUUCUGGUAAAAUCCAGGAAGAGAUUAAAAAACUGGCCGAAGAGAAGGCCAGUGGAAUGACUGGAUUUGAAGAGAAGUUCAAGGUUUGCAUUCAUAUCACCUUUUCGGACAAACAAAAGAAUAUCGCAUGGCGAAGGUAAUUUCCAAGAAUUAAGACUGGAUGCACUUGUGUCAUUUCAGAGGUUGGGUGAGGUUUCACCGAAACUUUCUCCUGAUGAAUACACUGCAGCAUUGCUCGAAGGAAAUUACAACAAGAAUCGCAACAAAAAUGUCUACCCAGGUAUGUUAAAAGGAAAAUAUCUGCUAAUUAUAUUACCAUCUACUGCAUAUUGUAUACCAUAAUUUGUAAAGAUAUGAUGGUCUGAAAUCCCGGCAAACUUCAAAGCCACAAAAUAGAAGACGUGCACAAAUCCUGUGUCUCAACUUCAUUAAAUCUUUUUCACCUUGGCUGCACGUUUAAUCUCAGAUUUCCACAUGGCUACAUCGGCCCUAACCUUAAGGAGUCUCUAAUAUUGAGAAACACUCGCCAAACUAACUAUGAUCUUAGAAAUAGUCUAACAGAUUUAACCUUUCCUAAACCAAAAAGAGAGUACCUUAAAAAGAGUUUCAAUUAUAGUGGAGCUAAAUUGUGGAAUAGCCUCCCGUUUGAUGCAAAGGUAGUGGAAUCUGUUAGCCAAUUUAAGAAUAUUAUUAGAGGUAAUGAUAGUUAAAUGAUAUUUGUGGUCACACCAGUAACAUUUACAAUGUAAAUAUUUCUUUUCUGUAAAUAGUUAAUAUUUGAUGCCCCCCGUGGAAAUCAGCUAAUUGCUGAUUUCCAGCGUCAUUAAAUAAAGUUUUACCAUACCAUACCAUACCAUACCAUACCAUACCAUACCAUACCAUACCAUACCAUACCAUACCAUACCUUCUCAAAUUCAUUAAUAAUUCAUGAGAAAUUAGCCAAUGAUAAUCACCUAUUUGAUCACAAGAUGCCAUUUGGAUACUUGAUGAAAGUCACUAGUGUUUUCAUCAAAUAUCUUAAUUACGCGUGCAAAACUACUUAAAUAGAAUUCCUAAUUACGUUAUGCUUGGUUAAGAAUUCUAUUCAAAUCAGCACACGAAAACAUUCUGUUACGUCUCGAUUCAUUUGGAAAGCCAUAUAAACAUCUCGAGCUCGUGUCUCACCGGGAUAUCCAAACACUCGAAAACAAUGUAUGAAAACACUCGCGUUUUGCGCUCGUGUUUUCAUACAUUGUUUUCUCGUGUUUGGAUAUCCCGGUGAAACACUCGCUCUCGUUGUUCAUAUAUUACAUACCAUACCAUACCAUACCAUACCAUACCAUACCAUACCAUACCAUACCAUACCAUAUCAUAUCAUUAGACGGUUACUUAAUUAUACGAGAAUACAAUGAGCUCAUGAAUCACUCACCGUGACCGUGCACAAAUUAACAUAGACAAAAACAUAACAAAAACAAACACUUCUGUUUAGUUUCUAGACCAUCAUCUUGAUAGACUAUGUGUAUACCUAACCUCAUUUCACCCCGAUAAUUUUUUCACCUUGAAUUGAAAACUCUUUCGUUUUAAAUUGAGAAACAGUUUUCAGAACACUCUUUGCACUCAAAUAUCUCCACGUCUUCUGUCUUUCUUUCCAUAUUAGCCGAAUGCAACCGUGUUCCUCUUGAAUACGUGAGUGGAGUGGAAAAUUCAGACUAUAUCAAUGCUGUGUUUGUUCAUGUACGUAUAUGUUAUCAUGUCUUCGAAAUUACACUCAGUAAUGAUGGUUAAAAAAUCAAUAAGGUUGUCUAACGAACGUUGUCUAAGAAGUCUCUUAUCUUUGCCGUAUUUGCCCAUCAGAUCACAGAAGCGAAAGUAGCACGGUUGUUGUGGUUUCAAUAUCAACACUGCUGCUUUUUUUCAUUCUAGGGCUACCUUGGCAGGAACUAUUUCAUCGCCACACAAACUCCUCUGCCAAAUACAAUCAACGACUUUUGGCGACUGGUUCAUGCGCAGAAAUCAUCAACGAUCGUCUUGUUGAAUAAUGUCAAAGAUGAAACGGUAUUUACGAUAACUGUGUAUGUUCAAUAAACAACAUAACAUAAUUUAGUUUAAACAUUUUUUAAUUUUGAAAAAUCCUAUAUUUUUCUUGCUCUCAACACAUGGUUUAGGGUAGGAUAUUCACUUUGAUUGGGUAAUUUCCCUGUGUCCAUUGGAAACUCGUGUAAACAUAGCUGCUCAGUCAGUGGUUUUUCUGUUCUCCAAGGAUCAGUUUCACUCGGGAUCAUCCUUACCACAAAUUAACCCCCUCAGACCUUCGUUAUCGAGCACGAGCAUCAUGAGCCUCUGGCUCGGGUGAAUUGUACAACCACACCUUGUGCAAUCGUCAUUAAAUAAAUUAUUUUCGUCAAACCAUCGUCCUUAUUCUCUCUCCGUCUAUAUAUGACGAUGUUUUUUGGUAUACUGUAGUCGUUCCCGAGAUUCUGGCCGACCAAGACAGGAGAACCAACACAAUAUGACAGCUUGACAGUGCAGUUGGACUCCGAAACAGAAACAGAUGGAAUAUGGACUAGAAAGUUUGUCUUAUCACCUUAUCCAGUAUGUAUCCUGGUUUAGUAAAAUAUAAAUAGGCUCAGGGGCAUAUAGGAAGCAAUAAAAGAUCGGGGGAGGGUGAAAGAAAAAAA